CGGCCGCGCGCCGGGAGCCUUGGUAACGCGCGGGCCGCGUGUGGCGAGUGCGGGGGUUUGGGGCUGGUCCUGCCCUGCCAUGAAGAUCGAGGAGGUGAAGAGCACCUCGAAGACGCAGCGCAUUGCCGCCCACAGCCAUGUCAAGGGGCUGGGGCUGGAUGAGAGCGGCGCCGCCAAGCCAGCGGCGGCCGGGCUCGUGGGGCAGGAGAACGCGCGGGAGGCUUGUGGGGUUAUAGUGGAACUAAUCAAGAGCAAGAAAAUGGCUGGCAGAGCUGUGCUGUUAGCUGGACCUCCUGGAACGGGCAAGACUGCUUUGGCUUUAGCUAUUGCUCAGGAACUGGGAAGUAAAGUUCCUUUUUGUCCGAUGGUUGGCAGUGAGGUCUAUUCUACUGAGAUUAAGAAAACAGAAGUUCUAAUGGAAAACUUCCGACGUGCAAUUGGGUUGAGGAUUAAAGAGACCAAAGAGGUUUAUGAAGGAGAAGUUACUGAACUAACUCCAUGUGAGACCGAAAAUCCUAUGGGAGGGUAUGGCAAAACAAUCAGCCAUGUAAUUAUAGGACUUAAAACUGCAAAGGGAACCAAACAGUUGAAGUUGGACCCAAGCAUAUUUGAAAGUUUGCAGAAGGAGCGAGUGGAAACUGGUGACGUUAUUUAUAUUGAAGCAAACAGUGGAGCCGUCAAGAGGCAAGGCAGGUGUGACAUCUAUGCCACAGAAUUUGACCUUGAAGCUGAAGAGUAUGUUCCCUUGCCAAAGGGUGAUGUGCACAAGAAAAAGGAAAUCAUUCAGGAUGUCACCCUGCAUGACUUGGAUGUAGCCAAUGCUCGACCUCAGGGUGGGCAAGACAUCCUUUCUAUGAUGGGACAAUUGAUGAAGCCUAAGAAAACUGAGAUUACUGACAAACUUCGAGGAGAGAUAAAUAAAGUGGUAAAUAAAUACAUCGAUCAAGGCAUCGCAGAGUUAGUCCCAGGUGUACUCUUUGUAGAUGAAGUUCACAUGCUGGACAUUGAAUGUUUCACAUACCUGCACCGUGCUCUGGAAUCUUCCAUUUCCCCCAUUGUCAUCUUUGCUUCCAAUCGAGGGAAUUGUAUUAUCAGAGGAACAGAGGAUAUAGUGUCUCCUCAUGGAAUACCACUGGACCUGCUGGACAGAGUGAUGAUUAUCCGAACCAUGCUGUACACACCCCAAGAAAUGAAGCAGAUUAUAAAACUUCGUGCCCAGACAGAAGGAAUUAACAUUAGUGAAGAAGCUCUAAACCAUUUAGGGGAAAUUGGUACCAAGACAACCUUAAGGUAUGCUGUGCAGUUACUGACCCCAGCUAACCUGCUUGCCAAGAUUAAUGGGAAAGACAGCAUUGAGAAAGAGCAUAUUGAAGAAAUAAAUGAACUUUUCUAUGAUGCCAAAUCCUCAGCUAAAAUCUUGGCUGAUCAACAGGAGAAGUACAUGAAAUGAAAAUCCAAUACCAAGUUAGAUGCUUUGAAGUGAUGCUAAUCCUUACCCACGGCUGGCUUAAUUAUCAAGUGAGAAAUAGUUAAGGGUUUGUCUCUUUUGGGACUGAAAUAUAUUUAAGUGCUUGACUGUUUUGUCAGGCCCAAAUUAACUAUCAAGCGUUCCUGUUUCAUUAUCAACAAUAAGAUGCUCCAUGAUGUCUGUGUACCAUCUUAGUCUUCCUUUUAUGAGUGCAUAUGAAUUGAAGAGCUCUUGACCCAUCAAUUUUGUCUUUAGAUUGCAUUACAGAAGAGGUCUAACUGAAGUCAGUGCUUAAGAACAGUCUAUUUUCUUUAUGAAUGCUGUUUUAAAAUAGUUUCCUUCUAUGGAUGAGAACUUUUUUUUUUUUAAAUAAAGUUUGUCUGAAGUGCUUUAUAAUAAAAUAUUUCAAGAAUAGUGGGAGCUUGCAUCUGUUUGCCCUCAGUGCUAACCUGCCUAAAGAAGCAGUCAAAAUAAGUUGGAAUUAAAAAAGACAGAUAUGAAUAAAAAGGAUCUGCAACACAAAAAUAGAUUACAGCAAAGGAAAGAAAUAGUAAUGGGACCUUUGUUAAGUGUUUACUUUGCUGUAGGUUUUGGGUUUUGUUUCUUGAAGACCUUGAUGGAGAAUGCAGAAGUACAUAAUGGUAAUUAUGUUGUCCCUGUUUAAAGCCUUUCUUUCAGAGUAAUUUAACCUUUCUUUGGGUUUCCUUAAAGGUAAUUAAAUAAAAGUUGUUUUCCACCAUG